AUGGAAGACCUUCGUGAAAUCUUUGACGCAUUCUGCGCGUUCGGCAGCAACCGAAACCUUGCCACCGGCGAGGCGGGGGGUAAUACCAUGGACGGAGCCAAAUUUGCCAAAUUCGCCCGCGACAACAAACUGAUUGACAACAAGAAAGUCACUUCAACCGACGUCGAUAUCGUCUUCAACAAGGUCAAACCCAAGGGCGCGCGCAAAAUCGACUGGAACGGCUUCAUAGAAGGUCUGACCCUCGUCGCCGAGAAAAAGACCGGGAAGCAAGGGCGCGAUGCGUUGGAUGCGGUUAUUGGGCUGAUUUUGAAGAAGGGUGGAGGGCCAAUUGCUACGGGGACGGCUCCGAAGAGCGACGCUAUUGUUGAUCGGUUGACGGACACUUCGAAGUAUACUGGCACUCAUAAGCUUCGUUUUGAUGAUGCCGGACACGGUCGCGGAGCCGCCGGCCGAGACCGCCCCACCGCAACCGCCGACCUCUCGCAAAUCACCAACCGCGAAGAAACUUCCGUCCGCGGCCUGCCGGUCUCCAUCGACCCGCAAGAGCGCGGCGCCUCGGCCAAGCGGUCCCACUCGAACCUCGUCACGGCUAGCUCGGAGCGAUUGGACCGCGAAGCCAGCAAGCCCAAGAACACAAAAGUGGGGUCCAACACGAACUUGGCGGGGAAGCCCAAGACUGCUGGGGGCGGUAACGCUGCGGCGGCGAGUUCGUAUGGCGCUAGCUCAAGCAAAGGGGGUUCCGUCUUUGACAGGCUGACCGAUAGCAGCGGCUACACCGGCGCACACAAACAACGCUUUAACGCCGACGGCACCGGCAAAGGCCUGGCAGGCCGCGACUCGCCCGCUAAAGGCGGCGCGCCUGGAAAGUACCGUGGCGGGGACGUUAAAGAUUUGGCGCAGAUUCUGCGAAGCUGA